GGAAGAACGAACGGCGAAAAACAAAAACGGGAGCAACGGCGGCAGGCGAAAAAUAAAUAUAUUAAAAACAACAACAAAAAACAUAAAGGAAAACGACAACUGACGUGCAGCGUCAAGUGUUUUUCCCUCAGCUGAUCUCGCAUGCCUUUAACUUGAAAAAUCAUCACCGGCAGAGGGACACGAGAGAGAAACCAGAGAUCGACUGAGUAAACAGCGAGAUAUCACGGCUUUUCCCCAUGGACGACGAACUGGAAGAUAGGGUGUUCUAUCAGACCUACGUUUCGCACAUGAAAAUCCUGUCCAAAUUUGCGGUGGGCUUCUCGUCCAUCAACUCGCCGCUGGCCUACAUAUGGAAGCUGUGCCGCCUAUAUGUCCUCCGGCCGGAGGUCAUUUUCUGCGGCCUGAUUCUAUUCGUCCUCUUGCUUUACUUGCAAGCGGUAGAUGUGUGGAGUCGCAGCAUCCUGGGACGCAUUCAGGCCACUCUGGGCCGCCAGAAGGCCGUCAAGAUGAUGGAGCUGUCGGCCAGUGCCGGUGAUCACCAGAGUUGGGAGGAGAUGAAGCAGCAGAGCUCUGCCUUUGCGGUGCUGGGACGCAGGCCUAGGAUGGAGGAUAGAUUUAUCAUCGAGGAGAACAUUAACAACAACACGGGCAUCUCCUUUUUUGCCGUCUUUGAUGGCCAUGGCGGUGAGUUUGCCGCCGACUUUGCCAAGGAUGUGCUGGUAAAGAACAUUUACAACAAGAUCAUCGAGAUGUCCAAGCUCCUAAAGUCUGAGGGUGGAGCAGGAGGUGCCUUCGAUUACGAAAAGAGUCCUUAUCUGGCGCGUAAGCAGAGCCGCAAGGAUGGGAACAAGGAGAACACGGAACCCACGGCAACGGUGGCCCGCAAGGAUAGCCUAAGGAAGGCGCACAGCACCACGGCCGAUUGCAGUGCCAUCAAGCAAAAGACCACAGAGGCCUCCAUAGCAGAUAUUUACACCGCCACCUUGAAUACGGCAAUGCGGGCAAGUGGCAAUGUGGGUGCCGCCAAGGAUUCGUUCCUGAAUAACAACAAUAAUAAUGGACAAAGUGGUGGAGGUAAUGCCCCACCGCCAAGCUACGAAGCCAAGUGCUAUAUUGAAAAUGGACGUAUUAACUUUGGUAAACUCAUCACGGACGAGAUCAUGUCCGCCGACUACAAGCUGGUGGAGCAGGCCAAGCGAGCGACCAACAUAGCGGGCACCACCGCUUUGAUAGCCAUUGUCCAGGGCUCCAAGCUGAUUGUGGCCAAUGUGGGUGAUUCCCGCGGCGUCAUGUACGACUCCCGAGGCAUUGCCAUACCCCUGUCCUUCGAUCACAAGCCCCAGCAAGUGAGGGAACGAAAGAGGAUCCACGAUGCUGGCGGAUUCAUUGCCUUUCGAGGCGUCUGGCGCGUGGCCGGCGUCUUGGCUACGUCACGUGCUCUCGGUGAUUAUCCGCUGAAAGAUAAGAAUCUGGUGAUUGCCACGCCGGACAUCUUGACCUUUGAGCUGAAUGAUCACAAACCCCACUUUCUGAUACUUGCCUCGGAUGGCCUUUGGGACACCUUUAACAACGAGGAGGCCUGUACCUUUGUCCAGGAGCACCUCAAGGAGUCGGACUUUGGGGCCAAAUCCCUGGCCAUGGAGUCUUACAAGCGUGGCUCUGUGGACAACAUCACCGUUCUGGUGAUAGUCUUUAAGAACGAUGUCUAUAGGAUUGGCAGCAGCAGCAGCAGUGCGGCGACGGCAGGUGGAAAAGUUGCAGGAGAAGGCGGAGAAAAUGCGCUAAAAGUGCCAGUUAAAAGUCAACCCGCAGCGGUUGUGCAACGCUCGAAUUCAAUCAAAACCAAAUGAGGCUUUAGCUGCUCUCAACAAAAAAAGGAAGAAAUUUAUAAUGAAAAACAAAUGAAGUGCCCAAAAAAAAUAUUUAUAGUUAGGCGUUUUGUAUGCUACAAACAAAUACUUUGUUUUUCUGUUAACUGUUCCCAAAGGCAUUCAGCAUUCACAUUUUCAUUCAUUCAUUCAUUCAUUAUUUUCUCAUUAUUGUCUCUUGAUCUUGAUUCAAAUUGUUUGCUGUUAGCUUAAAUUGUUUUUUCACUACACAUCACAUUAGAAACUGGGGAUCACAGUCAAUCAUAUCACCAUCAAUCAGUCGUAAUUUAUUUAUUUAAUUUAUUUGUUAUGCUCUUGUAAAUUAUAGAAACAUUUUCUAACUCUUAUCGCGAAAUGUGUUUAAAAAAAAUAAAUAAAUAAAUUAGGCAAGCGAAAUGCUAUCCUUAAUCUUUAA